AUGUCUGUACCGGGCAACAUCAACACCGCACCUCCGCCUUCAUCUUUCGACGACGAGGCCGACUUCUACGAGGAAUCAAGAUGGGCUAAGCUUAAGAGGAGACUCGUGGAAGAGCCCUUAAUCCCACUCGGAUGCGCCUUGACAUGUUGGGCACUAUAUGAAGCGUAAGGUUUCCACCGUGACGUGCUUCUUGUUGAUACUGAUGAGAAAAAUGUCAGCACACGGUCCAUGAAAUCCGGCGACAAAUAUCGAACAAAUCGCAUGUUCCGCCGACGUAUCUACGCGCAAGGUUUUACCAUUCUGGCCAUGGUCAUGGGAUCUGCGUAUUGGGAGGGCGACCGCGCAAAGCGUAAGCAAUUCAAUGAGCUGAGCGAGGAGAAGCGCAAGAAAGAGAAGCAUGAGUCUUGGUUGAGGGAGCUGGAGAUUCGGGAAGAGGAAGAACAGGAACUGAGGCAGAUGCGGGACCGUCUGAUCAAGGCGCGGACAGCGGAGAAGCAGGAUUUCUCUGAGAAGGAGAAAAGAGCGGUCGAAGCGAAGGAGAAGAAGGACAUGGGUCAACCGAAGGGUGGAUUCGGUGAGGUUAAGAGCGUGUUAGAGGACAGUGAGAAGAAGUCAGGGAGUAUACUUGAAGCGGCGAGAAGUCUUUGGCAGGGCAAACGGUAG